AGGCCCGCCUCUCGGCAGCGUUGACCCUUCGCGUCUGUCCUCCGCCCCGCCGGAAGAGGUAGAGCUGAGUUUUGCUGGUGGCAGGACGCCCCGAGGCGCCGCAACUGGCGCCUGGGCCUCAGCGCACGCCGGCUGCACCAUGGUCCAGCUCACUACUCUCCUUUGCAAGGCCUACCAUGGAGGUCACUUAACCAUCCGUCUUACCCUGGGAGGCUGUACCAACCGGCCUUUCUAUCGCAUCGUGGCUGCUCAUAACAAGUGCCCCAGGGAUGGCCGUUUCGUGGAGCAGCUGGGCUCCUAUGAUCCACUGCCCAACAGUCAUGGAGAGAAACUGGUUGCUCUCAACCUGGACCGGAUCCGACAUUGGAUCGGCUGUGGAGCCCACCUCUCUAAACCUGUGGAAAAGCUUCUGGGUCUCUCUGGCUUUUUCCCUCUGCAUCCCAUGAUGAUCACAAAUGCUGAGAGGCUGCGACGGAAACGGGCACGUGAAGUCCUCUUAGCAUCUCAGAAAACAGAAACUGAGGCUACAGAAACAAAAACGAACUGACUCCAAUGAGCAUAACAGUGGGAACAAGGUCAAAGUUCUCUUAAAACACUUGUGCGGAGUUCCUAGUUUUGUUAGAUUUAAGGGUCAAUAAAUGGAGUUUUCUAUGUCACCUAUGCUCUUCUGGCCUGGCCUGAGCAGGGCCCAGGGAGAGAUUUGUUCUUGUCUGAUAGAAAGCUAGGGCUAGGAACUAAUUAGCUUUUUCAGCCUUCGUCUGGCGAAACAUAGUGGCUGUGGGAUGGGUUUGACUUUUGGAUUGGGCCCUGGGUCUCUGAGACAACUUUAUAGUCUGCUUCCUUCCAAGACUUCCCUGUUUCAAAGCCCCAAACCAGCAUGUCCAUGGCCUGUCCAAGUAAUUCUUUCCUUAAUCAUUUGUCAUCUCACCAGUUCAAGACACAGUUACUUUGCCUAUUGUUUUUGUAACUGCAGGGUUGUAUUGCUUAACACAUAAUCUCAAAUUUUCAAAGGUAGAUUUGUUAUGAGUUUUUAGGCUGUAAUAGUCUACUUUUAAGAAUGAGAAACUGGAAGAAAUCUAAUAUUGUCAAGUACCUACAUACAUUCUCGGCCCUUCAUAUGCAAGGUUAUUUGUGAGAUUUAUAAAGUAUCAUGAAAGUAGGUAGGAUUAUCGCCAUUUUAUAAAUGGGUAAGCUGAGGUUCAGAGGUGGAAACUUGCCCAAGGCCACAGUUUUAAUAUUGGCAGAGCUAAGAUUCAGACCCUAAUGUGCCUACCUGGAGAGCCCUUUCCAACAUGUAUUAUCUGUAGUGGGGAGUGGGGAAUGAACAAGGAUGAGGGGCUUUUCAAAUGUCCACUUAAAAAGUCAGCGAUAGACUCAGGUAUAGGUAUCAUGAGUUUGGUAAUAAAAAUGACUGGCUAUGCCAAAAACCCCCCACAAAAGACCAUGUUAUCUGGUCCACCCUAACCUCAGGAUUCUCUAAGCACAAGCAUGGAUUAGAUGGUUUUAAGUGCACAUCCUGGAUAAUACAGAUUUCAAAUUCUGUCCUUAAGACUAGGAUAUAGGAGAUUUAUAGAGGAGAUUCUAAAGCCCUAUCAGUGUAGUGACUUAUUCUCUGGGUUUUAUAUUCUGAGAACAAUUAACAACCACCUCAAAUUCUGGUGUCAUCAAGGCUCCCCAAGGGUUAUUACUGGUUGGCCUCCACCUGCUUUGAGGAGAUUUUGAAGGCAGGGCGGGCAGAGAGGAACUAAUUUUACCUGGGCUUGAGCUUGGCUAUGGGAAAGAGAAAUACUUUGGAAACAGUAGGGAACUCUGGAAGUUUAAAAGAUACUACCCUGGAGAGUAAGUUCUUGGGAAAAGCUUUAAAUGGUAGAGCAGGGGAGAAUGUGGUUCUGAAAAGUAUUGAUCAGUGAGAACUGAUGUGAAAUGGGUUAAGGUAAGAUAUUUUGAGCUACCGAGUCUCUGCCAACUCAAGUAUUUACUUUGUGCCCUUAGCUGUCCUUUGUCUAAGAUCUGUAUACACGUAUUUCCUGUGUGAGCUCUUCUCCCUGAUUUCCAAAGUUUUCUCUGGCUUUAGAUCUCCAGGCCCAGAUUUGUCACCAUGUCUUGGAUGAUUGCAUCAGCCUGUCUUGCUACCACCUUCAAAUCUAAGGUGCUCAAAAUUCAGCUAUGCACUUUAGAAAACAUUAACAAUAACAACAAAAAGGCCUUUGUUUCAGCAGCUGAUAUUUUUAUUAAGAUGAAGGUUUGGGUCAUCUCCACCAAGCGGAAGGUGAUUCAGGAGCAGAAGGGGAAUGGGAAUGAAUCUGUAAUAAAUGUCAAAUAUGAAAUUUUGAAA